UAAUUGGGUCACACUAGGUGAAUGACAAGUAAUUUCUGCAUUUUGCUUUUCGCUAAACACAAACCGUAAAAAUUAAUAAUGGCUCGCCGAUAUGAUUCCCGCACCACAAUCUUCUCGCCAGAGGGACGUCUUUACCAGGUCGAAUAUGCCAUGGAAGCCAUUUCUCAUGCCGGCACUUGCUUGGGCAUCCUAGCAGAGGACGGAAUCCUUUUGGCCGCUGAGUGCCGUAGCACAAACAAGUUGCUGGACAAUGCCAUUCCCUCAGAGAAAAUCUACAGACUAAACGAAAAUAUGGUCUGUUCGGUGGCUGGCAUUACAGCAGAUGCCAAUGUUUUGACUGCAGAGCUGCGCCUUAUUGCUCAGCGCUAUCAAUUCAGCUAUGGUGAAGUGAUACCUUGCGAACAGCUCGUCUCACAUUUGUGCGACAUUAAGCAGGCCUAUACUCAGUAUGGUGGCAAGCGUCCCUUUGGCGUCUCAUUGCUCUACAUGGGCUGGGACAACAAGUAUGGAUAUCAACUAUAUCAAUCAGAUCCCAGUGGCAACUAUGGCGGUUGGAAAGCUACUUGCAUUGGCAACAAUUUUGGCGCCGCCAUAUCCAUGCUAAAGCAAGAGUUGGCCGACAAGGAGAACAUUAAGCUAGAGGAGGCCAAGGAUUUGGCGGUGAAAGUGCUUAGCAUGACUUUGGAUACUACCAAGCUGACGCCGGAGAAGGUGGAAAUGGCCACUCUGCAACGUGUGAACAACACGACAGUCACUAGCAUUCUGGAAAAGACCGAUGUCGAGAAACUAAUCGAGAAGUACAAUAAACUGCAAGCAGAGGCUGAGGCCGCCAAAAAGGAGAAGCAAGCCCAGCAGACGAAAUCUUAAGAUUUAAUCUUAAUUGGUAAUGUUAUUAGGGGCAUUCUGAUUGGUGAUUUUGUAUUCUGGAAAUAAAUUCAAACAAAUAAAAUGUUCAUCAUGUACUUGUA